AUGGCGUCGAGUGGGGAUCCGCCCGGAUCUGCUGAUGAGAAGAAAGCUCCAAAAUCGAAGGAUCUUCUGACUAACGUCAAGGGGUUCCUCCAGCAGGCUUUUCAAAUCCUUUUGAUUUUGCUUCUAUGCAAAGUUUGCUCAACAUUGCUUCAAAGUUUACCCUUGUGUUAUGUGCAGGAUCCAUCUAUAAAGGAGAUGGCAGAUCAAAUUGCAAAGGAUCCUGCAUUCAACCGGAUGGCUGAGCAGCUACAGAAAAGUGCUCGUAGUACAGGUGAACAGGGCAUGCCUCCAUUGGACCCUCAACAAUACAUGGAAACAAUGCAAAAGGUCAUGGAAAACCCCCAGUUUAUGACAAUGGCAGAGCGCCUGGGGAAUGCUCUUAUGCAGGAUCCUGCUAUGUCCAGUAUGCUGGAAACCUUUAGUAGUCCAUCACAUAAGGAGCAGCUGGAAGAGCGUAUGUCUCGCAUUAAGGAAGAUCCAGCUAUGAAGUCAAUUCUUGACGAAUUAGAGAAUGGGGGUCCUUCUGCAAUGAUGAAGUACUGGAACGACCCUGAUACUCUUCAAAAGAUUGGUGAGGCAAUGGGAGCUAGCUUCCCGUUUGGUGCAGGUUCUUCUGCCGAACCUUCUGGUCCUGAAGAAACUGAGGAAGAAGGUGGGGAUGAUGAUGAAUCAAUCGUCCAUCACACUGCCAGCGUUGGUGAUGAAGAGGGUCUCAAGAAGGCACUAGAUGGUGGAGCAGACAAGGAUGAAGAAGACUCUGAGGGAAGAAGGGCCUUACAUUUUGCAUGUGGGUAUGGUGAGUUGAAGUGUGCCCAGAUCCUUCUUGAGGCUGGUGCUGCAGUGGACGCUUUGGACAAGAACAAGAACACCCCGUUGCAUUAUGCUGCUGGAUAUGGCCGCAAGGAGUGUGUGGAUCUUCUUUUGAAGCAUGGUGCUGCUGUAACGCUCCAAAACCUGGAUGGGAAGACUCCCAUCGAUGUUGCCAGGCUCAACAACCAGGAUGAGGUUCUCAAGUUGCUCGAGAAGGACGCCUUCCUUUAA